UGGAAGCGCAGGCCGGGGCGCUGCCGGCCAGUGAUGCAGCCGGGCCCCGGGACGCGCCGGCGGUGGGCCCCUCUGAAGCGGUCCAGGAUCCUGCACAUGGCACUGAUGGGGGCUUCCGACCCCUCCGGAGAGGCCGAGGCCAGCGAGGAGAAGCCCUUUCUGCUGCGGGCCUUGCAGAUUGCGCUGGUGGUCUCUCUCUACUGGGUCACCUCCAUCUCCAUGGUGUUCCUUAACAAAUACCUGCUGGAUAGCCCCUCCCUGCGCCUGGACACCCCCAUCUUCGUCACCUUCUACCAGUGCCUGGUGACCACGCUGCUGUGCAAGGGGCUCAGCGCCCUGGCCGCCUUCUGCCCGGGCAUCGUGAACUUCCCCAGCCUGCGCCUGGACCUCAGGGUGGCCCACAGCGUCCUGCCCCUGUCGGUGGUCUUCAUCGGCAUGAUCACCUUCAAUAACCUCUGCCUCAAGUACGUCGGCGUGGCCUUCUAUAACGUGGGCCGCUCACUCACUACCGUCUUCAACGUCCUGCUCUCCUACCUGCUGCUCAAGCAGACCACCUCCUUCUAUGCCUUGCUCACUUGCAGCGUCAUCAUCGGUGGCUUCUGGCUUGGUGUGGACCAGGAGGGGGCCGAGGGCACCCUGUCUUGGAUGGGCACCCUCUUCGGCGUGUUAGCCAGCCUCUGCGUCUCGCUCAACGCCAUCUACACCAAGAAGGUGCUCCCGGCCGUGGACGGCAGCAUCUGGCGCCUGACUUUCUACAACAACGCCAACGCCUGCGUCCUCUUCCUGCCCCUGCUCCUGCUGGUAGGCGAGCUCCAGGCCCUCCGCGACUUUCCCCAGCUGGCCAGCACCCACUUCUGGGGCGUGAUGACCCUGGGCGGCCUGUUUGGCUUCGCCAUCGGCUACGUGACGGGGCUGCAGAUCAAGUUCACCAGUCCCCUGACCCACAAUGUGUCCGGCACGGCCAAAGCCUGUGCCCAGACGGUGUUGGCUGUCCUCUGCUACGAGGAGACCAAGAGCUUCCUCUGGUGGACAAGCAACAUGAUGGUGCUGGGGGGCUCCUCUGCCUACACCUGGGUCAGGGGCUGGGAGAUGAAGAAGAUUCAGGAGGAGCCCAGCCCCAAAGAGGACGAGAAGAGCAGCAUGGGGGUGUGAGCUCCCCCGGGGACCCUGGGAUGGCCCAGCGGGGAGAACGCCCAGGGUGGGGCCGGAACAGCAGUGAAGGCAUCUCUCCAGACCCAGACAGGGUGGCCUGGAGGGGGAAUUGUUUACAGACUUGACCGGAAUCUGGUGGUCGAAAUGGAACCAGCGUUUUCAAGUUGUGUCAGAAAGUUGCCAAACCUGUCUCAACUCCCUUUCCUAUUUCUGGGUUUUUGUCCUCCCCUAGGAAGGAGAGACCCCCUGGGAAUAGCCCGUUAGGUUCUCUGGAAAAGCACUAGCUCUCAGGGAGCAGGGCCUUCUACCUCCACGUGACCCCUGGGGUUGGGGACAGGCCACAACCUUUAAGGGACAGUAUUGGCAAAGCCAGUACAUCUUCACUUAUCCUCAGGGGGGAUGGGGGUAACCCACCACAGGCCAGCUGAAGGGGUUUGGGAAACCUCAUAUCUGGGUCCCAGGGCAGGCCGCAUAGCUUUGGCCCCACAAGCCAGCCUUCCUUUGGAGGAGAGUAUGGGCUGGGCUGAGGGAGGAAAUGGACAAGUGUUCUCUCUUCUCGGUGCCGAGACCAGCAGGCCCUGCGGAAGGGGGUGAAGGAUCACUUGUACCUGAGCCCGGCCCUGGCACCCCAGGGGCUGCUGGGAAGUGGCCUGGGAAUGGGGUACAUCAUAGGAAAGUGCCCUUUUCCCACCAUCUGCACCCUGUAUUUCCAGCUCUUGAACAUGGGGACCCACACAUCUUUUACAGCUUAAGCAGGGUCAUCAGCACCCCCCCAUCCCUGACACCGGUUUUACCUGCCUCCCUCCUCUGCCUUUGAGGGGCAAGUGCCCCUUGGUCUCCCUACCCCUGGCACAGCUGCCUGGCCAGGUAGUGACCUCCUGGAAGUGGAGCCAGGGAGCGGCCUCUGUUCCUCCCAACUCUCCCUCCCCCAGAGCUUCAUCCCCAGCAGGGUUGAUGGAGCAAGCGACCCGGCUCA